AUGAGGAAUCAAUUCAUUGGAUCUAUGCCCCCUAGCUCUUUCCUGAAAGAGUUCUUGCCGAGGCUUGAACAAGAACCGGCCCUGCCCAAGGGUUACUACACUCUGUUUGCCAAUCUUGAGGUCGGAGACGGUUUCGAAGAGAGAUUUGUACAAAUGGUCGAGACAGCGGGGCUGUGCCCUGGUCUGGUCCUCGUCGACACACAUGAGAAUUACGACGCGAAGUACAAGCGGGCACCUGACAUCUCAGUCUACAAGGAUGUUCAUGGCCAACCCAAAACCGACUUCCGGCUGAUGGAGCUCCAUAUCGAGCGCAAAACGUUACAUCAAGACCCGUUCAACGAUUUACCGCCGCGUGCAAAGAAGGCGCUUCGCGACAAACACGUCUUUGAACACAACACCUCCAAGUCCAAUCAUUCCCGUGGCCAGAUCGCUUCUUACACAGCCGCGCAAUUCAACUCUCAAGCUAGGACCUUCUCAUUUUCUAUCAUCUUCAUAGAUCAGUUCGUUCGGUUGAUUCGCUGGGAUCGAGCGGGAGCUGUCGUUACCAGCCGUUUCGACUGGAAGAGCAAGCCUCGAGAUUUGGCGUUGUUUCUGUGGAGAUUCACGCGUUCUUCCGAUUCUGUUCGUGGAUAUGACACCUCGGUGUCAAUUCCGACAGAAGACGAGAUUCAACGUGCCAAAGUUGCUUUAAAGCAGCGGGCUCUUGAAGUUGCAAUGGCUCAAGGUGGAACCGAAAAAGAUAUUCUGAACCCUCCGUAUUCGUCAGACGAGACGUUUCAAAAAUUUUGUGUCGUCGAUGAUGGCCCCGACCGGAAGGAUCAUUUCUUUGUGGCUUCUUCUCCACAGUGGUGUACCAACAGUCCCACCGGUAGGGGCACGAAAGGAUACGAGGCACUAGACGUCGACACGGGUAAAGUGGUGUAUCUCAAAGAUAGCUGGCGCUACAUCGCGGAGGGAUAUGAGAAGGAGGGCGAUACUUAUCGGCAUCUCAUAGACAGCAAGGUCGAAAGAAUUCCGCGUCUAGUUUGUGCUAGUGACGUCGAGGGACAUGAGACACGCACUCACGAGUUCCUUAGGAAAAGAUGGUGCUGUCGUACAUCUGCAGUGAAGCAUCAUGGACACCAUCGUUUGGUGCUUGCGGAUUUGGGACGUCCUCUGAGUCAGUACAUUUCGACGAAAGAGCUUUCCCAGGUCAUGUCAGAUGCUAUCGAAGCCCAUCAACAGGCGUAUGACGCGAAAGUAUUACAUCAAGAUAUUAGCGGUGGUAACAUCUUGAUCACGAACGAGGGUCGUGGCCUUCUUAUCGACUGGGACCUGUCUCGGAGACAAGUAGGCGACGCGCCUGUGGCCAGAUUGAGGACGAGGACUGGUACUUGGCAAUUUAUGUCUUGUGCCCGUCUUUUUAACCCUGGAAAGCAUAUUCACUAUUUCUGGCAUGACCUCGAAUCCUUUCUUCACGUUUAUCUCUACCACACUAUUCUUUAUCAAGCAAGCAAGAUUCCUGAAGAAGAUUACCUAUGGAUUAUCCCCCAGUUCGGGAAAUUUUUUGACGGGUUCAUUGCUGCACUGACAGGACCAGACAUCGGGGGAGAGCUCAAGCUUGCGUACUUCCAACCCUCUACUACAUGUUUUCCUCAAGACACCUUAUCGAAAUUCCUCAAUAAACUUGUGGUCGACAUCAUCUCCGAUCUUCGGCAUCUUUUUAUUCCAAUCUAUGCGCUUCGAGCGGCAAGCGAUAGGUACCUCUCCGCAACGCUUCCCUCCGUGAAGGAGGCUCAAGAAAGCCUCAGGUCAUCGAAAUUGCUCCUCGAUAUCUUCAAAUCCAAGUUCCCAGAAAAGGGCUGGACUGACGACAGAAGCGACGGCUUGUUCGGGAAACCGCCCGUGAUUAAGAAUGCCAAGCAUCUCAGCAAACGAAAGGGCGGAGAUGCGGAAUUGGACGGCAACAAAGGUGGGCGAAAAAAAAAGUCUCGACAAUCCCAAAAUGUAUCACGCGAAGCGUCUACUCUCAUCUUCUCUACCAUUGACGAAGCAUCCGAUGUCUUUGAUUGA